UUCGAUUAAUGUCUCCCAACCCGCAAUAUUUGUCACUCAGUUUCCUACAAUAUUUCAAUGGUUUUUAUUUUUAUUUUUUAUCAACAGUAUAUAUAGGUUAGGGCGCAGUUUCGCCACUGCCGCAUGCAGAUGCUUGACUCGCGGAUGCCUCCUUAUAAUUAACGGCCGGGAGCCGACAAGAAACAGCCCAAAAGGUUUGCCGUUGAUCAAAGUAAUUAGUUAGUUGGAGGUUUGACCUGAUUUCUUGUCAAUCGGCACCGCCAGGACGAUCGGAAGUCAAAAAAACACGUCCAUAAUUAAUCAUAGGAGGAAUUUUACAAUGUUAUAGAGUAUUGGUGCUAUAGGUUUUUGUUUUUAUGGUACAGGUUGAAAUUGUACCUUUAAUGUUAUGGUACAACUUUAGAUUGUACCUAUACUUUUUGUACAAAUUCUUUUAUGGUACAACUUAAACUUGUACAUUUAUGUGAUGGUACAACUUCAAGUUGUAAAGUUGUACCAUAACAUAAUGAUACAAAUUCCUUUAUGGUACAACCUAAACUUAUACAUUUAAUGUUAUGGUACUAACUUCAAGUGGUACAUUAAAGCAUCAAUACUAUAUAGCAUAGUAGUACGUACUUUUCUUCAACGACAUGGAUAUCAUAUAUCACACGGCGGCUUGUCUGUCAUCAGCUGUAAUAUAUCUGGCUAUCAGCCUGUCUUUAUAUAAUUUGGAUGGAAAGAAAAAACAACGGAUUUUGUUGACUUUUUCCUUCCUUUCUUCCAUAAUGUGAAAGUUCUGCAUAACUAACUAAUAACUAGCAGCUACUAGAAGAUGAACCCUUUUUUUUUUCUUUCUGGCUUGACAAUAGCAAAAAACAACAAUGUGAAUGUACGAAAAACCCGCCGCCAAAUGAUUACUAAUCCCUCCCGCCAAAUAAAUGGCCCCUCCCCCUUUGGUUUACUUUUCCUUUCUGGAGAAUUCAAACCCCUAGCUAUUAAUUGCGAUGAAGAUAAUUAAGCAAAGUCAGACACUAAACCCAAACGGGCUGUUUGGAUUGACAAAAAAAAGUUAAGGGAUUGGAAUUUCAUUUCCAUAUAUUAUGCUUGGAAUAAUAAAAAGACUGAGAAUUGAAUUCCAUUGGGUCUAAAAUUUAGGAAUUGAGAGAAUGAAGAUGUAAUUAGUGGGAAUCAAUACUUUUUAUUAUUUUAUUGACCCACUAUCAUUUUACUCUCUUUCUGUCUCAUUCAUAUUUCAUUUCUCAAAAUAAAACAAACGUAUCACAUUAUUUAUUAUGGUUAAAAGUGCAAUUCAUUUCCAUAGUUGUAAGAAUUAUACCAAACAUAAGAAUUGGAAAUGAAAUUCUAUAAAAACAAAAAAUGGAAUUCCAUUUCUAUUUUCAUUUCUUUCCGUCCGUUUGACCGUUGGUUCACACUUCAAAAAAGCUUUGUUUAGGGGAAAUUGUCACAAUACAACUUUGUUUUCUUGUUUUGGCAUUGCAGAUGACUGAAUAUUUAGAUAUUCUAUACCAUCAUGGUGGAGUCAUGGACUUCUCGGGUUUGGAACCACGAUAUGUUGGUGGUUUUUCAGAGAAGAUAUCAAUGGAUAUUGAUGAAGCGUCGUACUUCGAACUUUUUUGAAGUGUCAACUAACGGUCAAACGAACGGAAAGUUGACGAUUUGGAUAUUAAAUUGUAUUUACCCUUGAUUUAACCUUUCAACUUUGAUACGAUGCCGUAGAAAGAGGAGAUCGAUCGAGUGAUAUGGGUCUAUUAUAUUAGUCAACCAACUAUUGUUGCAAAUUAAGCUUCUUCAUGAACGAACUACGCUUUCGCAAUCACGAGUAGCUAGAAGAAUUUUGUCGGCAUCAUAGAAAAAAACAAACAAAAAUAAAUUUGUAUUCGGCCACGGUUCCUUUUUCCAGUUCUCUACGUACGUAUGGGAACCUUUUUGUCACCAGUCAAAAAAAGCGAUAAUCCAAAGUAGUUGUGAUCAAAUUGGGGGUGCAAGAUUCUAGAAUCUUUUAGAUUCUUACGUGUAUUAGCCGUAUCUCUGACGUCCGUGCGCUGUAUAAAAAGGACGCCCAGUACGCGCAAGUCUUAACCUGCAUAUCUGUCGCCAAACAAAUCAAAUCAACUUAGUUCAAAGCCAAAUAAAGAGUAGAAGAGAAGAUGCCAUCUCAACAUUUCUCCUCCUUCCUCCUCGCCGUCUCUCUAUUAUCCGCCGCCGCACUCUUCCGCCUCUCCUCCGCCGACAUCGGCACCGCUUCCCACUACCGCGCCCCUUACCUACCGACGGCGUGCUACGGCAACGAGGCGGCGCAGUUCCCGUCGAGCAACCUGUUCGCGGCGGCGGGGGAAGGGGUGUGGGACAACGGGGCGUCGUGCGGCCGCCAGUACGUGGUCCGCUGCAUCAGCGCCGUCGCCCCGCGGACCUGCAUUCCCGGUCAGACCAUUCGGGUUCGGGUCGUGGACCGGGCCCUCUCCUCCGUCACGCGGCCGUCGAGGGGCGGGACCACCCUCGUGCUCUCCACCUCCGCCUUCGCCGCCAUCGCCAACGGCUCUCCCGGCGCCAUCAACAUCGAGUAUCAGCAGGUGUGAGAGAUGGGGGGACGCGCGACGACUGAUGGUUGUGUUUGUUGCUGGAAACGCGGGAGGGAUUAAUGGGAACAGCUAGGGAGAUUAGUCGUCAAGAUUGGGGUUUAGUUAGUUAAUUAUUAGUCAAUGAAUGCAGGUUGACUUGUGUUCAUUGGUGAUUUUUGUAGUCAUAUAUAUACAAGAGUAGAUUAUAUAUUAGUUUCUUAAUUUUGCCUUUCACUAAUCAUAGAGAGUUUAUUAAUUAUUUAUGUACGCUUCAUUGUCUUUGUACGAUUUGAGUUUUCGGUGCAUAGUACGAUAUAAUCAUUUUUUUGUCAUGAUGGUAAAAUGACGGAAUUUUGUAGGUUAUAUAAAUUAGGGUUUGCACAUGAUUUGCUCCCUUUUGUAUUAGCAUUGAUAAAAAAAAAAUUAAAAAAUAUUAUUGUAGCUUUUCUUUCUAUGUGGAACCCUUCUCUUAGUGUUUUGGUGGUGGUGGGCUUCUUGUGAUUGUAAGAGUGUGGUAUAAGAUCCACACUGUAUCAGUUUGGCCAAGUGGUCAUGUGUUCGAAUCUCCACGACCCUAAUAUUAACCUUUGAUUAAAGCAUAAGGUAUGGUGGGCCUGUGCAAAGUUCAAGCCCAUGGGUUGGUUUUCAUUUGAGGGGGCGUGUAAGAGUGUGGUAUAAGAUCCAACAGAACCUUCUCCCAAUAACUCGAGUUAUUGGGAUCAACUGGUUUUGACAGUUAUUACUUUACAAAAAAGAAAAAAAACCCAUCAUUCACCAUAAAAUUGUGUUCCAAUAAAUUAAGGGGUCGUUUGGAAGUUGCGAUUGUUUUGUUGAGAUUGUCAUUAUGCAUGUAUUGUUUACAAUGCUGCAUCGUUUUUUGUUGUUGUUUUUUUAGCAAAAACAAUACAUGGAUUGUUUCUAUGAUGUGACAGAAACUAUCGCUCAUUUUGGGUGAUUGUUAUAUCUCAACUUUUAGUUGUGAUUGUUGAGAUAGUUGAGUUGAGAUUGUUUUGUCUCAGCUUUUAGCUGAUGCGACAUACACAAUCACACAUACCAAACGUUGUAUUCUACAAUGCAUCAAAUUCGACAAUACAUGUAUAAUACUAUACAUGCAUUCUCAACAAUACAUCUAUUUAACGAUCGCAACUUCCAAACGACCCCUAAGUUGUUGUAAGGAUGUUCAAAAUAAAAAUCUUAUAUUUGCUCAUGUGUUCAUGAGUUUUAGUUUUCACAAAUAAACGAGUUGAAUAUGAACAUCGAAUAGACGGAUAAAAUAAUAUAGACUGAAUGUGUUAAAGUAAUUAAAGCUUUUGAUUUUAGACUUUUGAAGCCAAUUACGUACAUAAUCUAUAGAAAGAAUAGUUUUUAUAGCGGAGUAUUAAUCACACAGGAAACCGGGUUAGACCAAAAUUAAACACAAGUGAAAAAAAAGCGAAGCAUCCAUCGAGAUGUGGCAUAUAUACAAUCAAAGUUCUCGAGCAUACAAUCACACAUUAGUUCUAGAAACAUUUUGGGUUGAACUGAUGGAAAUUUCGCAACAUCAUUUCAGAAAACAAGAACCAAUAUGGCGACUCGGAACAAAAUCCAUUGCCAACAAUCAAACAAUUGAUCUUCAUACUAGAUGUUGCACAGAUGAAUCGAACCAUCAUUUUUUAGUUGAAAGAUCUAAGUGAACAGGAAUAUCUUAGGUGUUUAGUAUGACAAAAGAAGACAUGAUUACUUGUAUUACGGAUUGUAUAAGUAUUAAUGUAUUAUCUACAUAGACUUUCUUAACAAUGCUUAUUUUGCAUAGAAGCCCGUGAACGAUAAUCAUACUUAACUUUAUACUCAAAUAAAUGAAAUGAUACAUAAACCGAUACAUUACUUAUCUGAAGAUCUCGAAGACGACCACUUACCACCUACAAGCUAUGAAGUAAACGAGUUACCAAUCUUAAUAAUAAUAUCAAUCAAUG